AAUAGCAAUAAAUAAAUAGUAAAUUUUAGUUGCUAAAGUUUCUUCAAAUGACCGCAAAACGCUAGCGCUUCCUUGCAUACGCUCCGUGCAUACGCUCGAUGUGAAAAGUGAACGAACGCACCUAUAAACACUCCUAUAAAGCCAAAUUCACAUCGUGAGAUGAAAAACAUUGUAGUGAUAAGAAGAUUUCAACCCGGCGAUGAAAUACAGUUUCGCAAAAUGAUAAACAAUGAAAUUAUGGGAUCUUUGAAUUUAGCUGUUCUAUCAAAUCUGUCCAAAGAAACAACAUUCCAAUUAAUAAUACUAUCUUCAGCAAUUGCAUUCAUUUUUUUUGAUAUGCCUCUUAAAAUUUGUAUCUCCUUGAUUCCAAUCGUUAUAUCUUUAAUCUAUGCUGCAACAUUCAUGGGCUUCACAAUGACAGCUGUUCAAAUUGACCGAGAAUUAUCGAACAUUCCACGGUUUUAUAUGUCAAAUGCAUUUUCUUGCUUUUGGGUAGCAGAAGCCUUCAAGCCCUAUCACAAGUCUUCUCAUUCAAACCAAUGUCAGUACACAAUCAUGACUAAGAAGCAAUUUUAUGGCUCAAAAAUGCAUGUCUCAUCACAAUGUACCAAAAUUGUCGGGACGAUUGGCUUACUAAAAAGUCACCGAGUUGAGAAUGGUGCAUGGAUAAAACGGCUUUGUAUUGACAAAGAAUAUAGAAGAAAAGGCAUUGCAUCAAUGUUACUUACCACCGCUAUUAAUUUUGCGAUAAAUCAAGGUUACAGUUGUGUUGAUACGGCUACCUCUGAAUAUAUUAAAGGAAGCAGAGAACUUAUGUUUAGGACAGGGUUUCAAUUGAAACAAAUGUAUCACAAACGUGUUAUGAGGCCACUUACGAGUAUUCUUUUUUAUGAGUUGACCUAUAAAAUUAAAAAUGACAGAACCAGUUUGUAUUUCAAAAGUGAAAUGGAUGGAAUUUCCCAACCACAUUUAACUUUAAAAUCUUUAAUUGAGAAUGUAAAUAAACAAUAAUAGUUGAUCGAAAAAUUACGGCUUGUCGAGGACUAUUGAAGUUUGCACUCAGGGCCCAGGGGUAAGUUCCAGAACCUCCGUUGGUUCGGGAUCUUCAAGAAGGCGAUACAGAUCGAAUAUAAAAAAAUUUCGAAAAUCCCUAUUUACUUCCCUAGAUUAGCGCAGUUGAUAGAUAAAUGAUGUUCAAUCUACUUGAUGUUUCUUCUGUAAACAAAAGAGAAGUAUAAACGACAGUGAUAGGUUUGUAAUUUACAGUGUAAUGUCAAUUAUAUUUUACAACGAAAAAGAAAAAAAACUGCAGGCAAAAAAAAAAAAAAUCAAAAUAAAUUUAAAUAUUUCUAUGUGCAUACCCAGGGAAAAAUCGUCAGAUCAAAUUAGAUUUAAUUUGAUCUGGUACACCAAAACCAUGCUUGUGUUCAUGUCUGU